ACGCUUCAGUCAUUAACUCUAUUGCCAUUAACCAGAGUUAAUCAAAACAGCUUUACACAUCCUUAGGGCUUCUCCGACAACUUCGUCUUACACAGCUGCUGAAACGGUCGAACGCCAAGACAACCGAUCAGCCUUCUCCAGAAACUUCAUCUUCCAGCGCUCUUCAAGCCGUUACGUGACGCAGCAAUCAAUCGCCUUCAAUCAAACCGUUACAUGAAAAACCAAUGAAUCACCUUCAAUCAUCUAUUGUAAUUGUAACCUCAGGUAUAAAAUCCAAAAAAAGAGAACACCCGGCUUCAUCAAAGAACUCACCUGUGGCGAGGAAAAUAUCAAACUCCGAAACUCAGGUUCAUCCGUACAGGAUAUUACAUGCGUUGUUGCUACUACGGUUUUUUGUGCCUCAAAUGAAAAAUUUGGAGGGCCUGUUAUCAACUGAAGUAGUACCUGAAAGCGGUUCAGGUCUAGAAACUUUCGCCAAGGACACAUUGGAUGAUACUUUGUCAUGGAAGGUGAAAUUAAUGAAAUGUGCUUUGUAUGCUUAAUGCUGGGUACAAUAUGCUCUAAUGUUUUCUAGCUGUGUUUUGACAUUCCUUAUCCGUUUUUAGUUACUGAGAAUGUUUUGCUGCUGGUAUCUACUGUAUAGAACCAUGUUCAUGUGAAGAUUGUUUCAACAAGCCUAUUCAUGAAGAUACUGUUCUUGCAACUCGCAAACAGAUCAAUUCACGAAAUCCACUUGCUUUUGCUCCAAAAGUGAUUAGAAACACUGGACCAGUCCCUGAAAUUGGGGUUUUCCACUUACGUUCAGCUGUACGAGAUAUUAAAAACUUGUGUGAAUGAUUGUGUGAAUAUCCAAACUCAAAUUGAGAGGCGGAUAAUUUAAGAGUUAUAAGAAGCUUUGAGAGGCAUCCAGUAGGAUCAUAUAAGCUAAGUUUUUGUGAUUUGUAUUCUAUCUCGGAGAUAAACAGCUUCACUGAAACUGGCAAUUCAAGAACUAAGUGUUUUGUGGUGGUGCAGGAAACAUCAAAACCAGAAUAGCCACAUUCAGGCUUGUGGAUUCCUUUGAGACGGAAAGGAAAUCUGAUGGGUGGUCCAUGCCGAUUGCAUUUCAAUUCAGGGCACUCUGCUGCGCCUUCACAAAGAAUUGAUACCAUCGCCAACAACAAGAUGCAGACAGUAGCAAGUAGAAGCAAACUCCAUUGUACUUACUAGCAGUUGUUUUUGGGAUGAAAGAACUUACCUAUUUUUCGCAUUUUUGUGGCUCUACUCCUACCUUUGGAGAUAAGCUGCUAAUCUGAUUGGAAGUAAAAAGUUGUAGCGGACGCAAAAGAUUAAAAUUAACAUAUAUGACAAAAUUUAAAUUUACAUAGUAAA